AAUGAGGGAAACUGGUGAAACUACCUUAGAUGCGAAUCCUGUUGCAACACUGAAAGAUCAGAAGAGAAGUUAUCACGAGACUGAAGGAAAUGGGAACGAGCUACCUAUUCAAGCAUUGAAAAAGAGGAGGCAACCUCUUAUUUUUAAUCAUAGGUCACAUUUCCGUAUCCAGGCUUCUAAACCUUUAAUGAACAAUUCCACUUUGGAGAAACAUCUCAAACUUGAUUUGCUGCCGGAAAAUGUUGUUAAGCUUCAACAAAACGAGGAACUCCACACUAUACAAUCUGCAUGCAAGAACUUCCCUGACAGAGAUGUUUUAGUGAAAAAGAGAGUUCAUUUCUGUGAAGCAGAUAUUGCAGUUCAGCAGAACAAGAACCUCCAAAAGCUAGAUUCUUCAACCAAAUAUUGCUCAAAUGCUAGAGCAAGUAAAAGAUGGAAACAUCCCAAGUUUCAAAGUCAUGAGAGAAGCAGCAGUACAAAUUGUCACCUUAAGUCUGGGAAGAGAUUACUGUUUCAUGGUAUAGAAUUCCUGCUUACAGGAUUUUCUAGUCAGAAGGAAAAGGACAUUGAACGACAAAUAUGGAAACAUGGUGGCAUUGUUCUUUCUGAUAUUCCUUCUCCAAAUUUAAGGGCAAAAAGAAGCUUACGAUCCAAUGGCUACCAUCUUCCCGUUAUUCUAUGUAUGAAUAAGCUACAGACCACCAAGUUUUUGUAUGGUUGUGCAGUGAACUCCUUAAUAUUAAAAGUUGAUUGGCUUACUAAUUCAAUUUCGGCAGGCUGUAUUUUACUACCUGAGAAGAAAUACAUGAUACUACCGAAUCGAGCUGAUGCAGAGCAUAUCAUUAUUGGGGAGCCAUUUCACCACAACCGCAAUUAUGUCUUUGAAAAAGUAGGAAUCAUGCUUCACGGAAAGCACAGUUUCUACAGCAAAUUGGCAAAAAUAAUUAAGCACGGAGGUGGGAAGGUCUUUAAAACCCUCCAGUGGUUAGUCCACAGUUUGGACAAAGAGAAGGUUACUUUGGGAGCCAUUGUUGCUGAGGAUGAAAGUAGGACAUCACGUCACUUGAGGCAGUGCGCGUCCGAGCAGAAGAUAGCAGUGAUGCCAGCUAGCUGGAUCAUAAAAGGCUUGUAUUUAGGUAAGCUGCUUCCGUUUCCAGAUAAAGGUCGGCCCACUUUACCAACAAUUAAGAUCUCAGAGAUCCCAGUUUCCGCAAAAGAUACACAUAUGGCGAUUCCAAAGCUUGCGACCGCACAUACGUAAGUUUGGCGACCGUAGGCAGUAGAUGUGUCCACGUAUUUGUAAUUUAUCAGUUGUUCAAAGUGCCUACCUUAAGCACCUAGUUUACGAUUUAGAGGUGCUUAGUUAAAUUUUGUAUUGAAUAUUUGUAGCAGAAAACACAAGAACCGGCCAGCAUUUUUCGCAUGUGGUUCACCCAAUUCGGCUUACUCAUUUAUGAACCACAACAAAAGUUGCA